CCGCCGCACGGCCAGUACUAAACUCACCUGACAGACGAGCGCAGGCGCUUCGUCCGCGCUCACGCCGCGUCUAUUCUAUUAUAAAUUCACACGAUAAAUAGCGCCCCCACUUCGACUAUAAAUUAAUUCCGAAACAGCAGUUGUUCAACCCUCGGGAGUGCUAGUGUUCUUGGACUGAAGCUGACGUGUAAAGGAAGAUCACCAAAAAUCUUGUCUGAGAUCUACUCCUAUCAGAAUAAAUUAAAUUUCGCUGCUCAAUAACAACUUGCCCUUUGCCUCGCGAAACAUAUUUAGGAAUCAUUACAAUGGCGCUAAUACUACAGUAUUUAGAUGACAUGCACGUUUUUAUGGACAAAUAUGGAGAUCCUCGAACAAACCCUUGGUUCCUGAUGAGUUCCCCGUUUCCUACACUCAUUAUUUGCCUUUCAUAUGUAUAUCUAGUCAAGGUUUUGGGCCCUCGGCUUAUGGAAAACCGAAAACCAUUUGAAUUAAAAAAUAUUAUUAUAGGAUAUAACUUUUUACAAGUAAUCUUCAGCGCAUGGCUGUUUUAUCAGAGUUUGAUGGGGGGUUGGCUGAAACAUUACAGCCUAAGAUGCCAACCUGUGGACUACUCAGACAAUCCCGUAGCCACUAGAAUCGGUUGGUCAGGCUGGUUCACAGGCGAAUAUAGUUAUCGGUGCCAGCCGGUCGACCACUCGACUAAGCCACAGACAAUGAGGAUGGUGCAUGCUUGUUGGUGGUACUAUUUCUCAAAAUUUACUGAAUUCUUCGAUACGUUCUUCUUUAUCCUAAGAAAGAAGAAUGACCAAGUGUCAACCCUGCACGUGAUCCACCACGGCGUGAUGCCCAUGUCGGUGUGGUUCGGCGUCAAGUUCACUCCCGGGGGCCACUCGACCUUCUUCGGGCUGCUCAACACAUUCGUACACAUUAUCAUGUACACGUACUACAUGCUGACGGCGAUGGGACCGCAUAUGAGGAAGUACCUCUGGUGGAAGAAAUACGUUACCACAUUACAAAUGACCCAGUUCGUCUGCAUCAUCGUUCACGCAUUCCAGCUGUUGUUCAUCGAGUGCAACUACCCGCGGGCGUUCGUCUGGUGGAUCGGAAUGCACGCCGUCAUGUUCUUCUUCCUCUUCAGAGAUUUCUACAUCAACUCUUACAAAAAGCCAAAGAAGCGCGCCGCGUCGCCGCCGCCCACCGCGCUGGAGGCGCCGCUGUACAAGAACGGCGUCGUGAAGAACGGCUUCAGCAACGGGCACGCGUUCGUGCGCGCGCGCACCGUGCUGCCCGCCGGCAACUGACGCCCGCCCGACGCCGCGGGCUGCUCCCCUUGUACAUAUUGUUAGCGACUAUCGAUGGUGUACAUUUUAUUCUAUUUAUCGGUAUAAAAACUAUAGCUAGACUUGUGAUCGCAUAGCGUUUUGUACUUUUUUUAGGUUAGAGGAGUCGCUUUUAGAUUUAGACGUUUGAAACCGGACGAUACGAAUUGAAUUUCCGGGACCGCUGACGAAAUUCCACUUGUAGAUAUUCGACCGAAUGAAAAACCUUGCCGCAUUUCAGAGUGAUUUGUUUUACGUUAUGCUGCAGGAAUGUAAUUUUGUAUAAAAUGUAUUGUGUGAAUAUUAUUAUAGAAUAUAAUGUUAAAUCAAAUAUACAUAAAUGUUACUUUAGUAACAUUUGACUGACGACAGACGUUGUGGUUGGUUUUACACUUAGCUUAUUGUGUUUAAGUACAGUUAUGUACUAAUUGUAUACAUUGAUUAUUCAAUGUGAUUUUAGAUUAAUUAUUAUUAUUUUGUUGAAGUGGUUGUGUUGGUUAUUUAUUUUGUUUAAUUUAUCUUUUAUUUAAAACCAAAAUUAUCUAUAUAUAAGUUGACAUUAACGGGUUUGUAGAAUAGCCAUCGAAGUUCUUCCUUUGUUUAGUCUUCCGUUUUGUUUUUCUUUUUGUACUUAUCUUGAGGUGCUUUCUUACUAUGAACUACUAUUUCGUUCAUAUAGAUAAUGCGAAAGUUAGCCGUAUUACAAAAAUGUCUCAUUCACAAUGAAAUUGUUUAUAUCUGUACCUAUUAUAAUUUUUAUACAAAAAUACGCAAAUAAAUAAGUACAAUAAUUA